AUGUCCCAGCUGCGUCUCCUCAGCCUCCUGCUGCUGCUGCUCUGCUGCCAGGGCCCCUUCGCCCAGAUCACGGAUUUUGUCUUCGAGAGCUGGAAGGCGUACAGUGAGGAGUGCCACCGCAACAUGAGCCACCUGCCCGCGCCCACAGAGCUGGUCUGCAACCGCACCUUCGACAAGUUCUCCUGCUGGCCUGACACACCGCCCAACAGCACCGCCAGCGUCCCCUGCCCCUGGUUCCUGCCCUGGUACCAGAAAGUGAAGCACAGACAUGUCUUCAAGACCUGCGGGCCGGACGGGCAGUGGCUCACGGGCCCCCGGGGACAGUCCCUGCGCGAUGCCACGCAGUGUGAGCUCGACACUGAGGACCUGGAGGCGCAGGUGAGCAGAACUGGGGGGCGGCCAUUGCAGGGCUCCCUGCCCUGGCCCCCCCGCCUCUGCAGCAAGCUGCACUGCAUGAGGAACUACAUCCACAUGAACCUCUUCGCCUCCUUCAUCCUGAAGGGAGUCUCCGUGCUGGUCAUCGACGCCCUGCUCAAGACCCACUACAGCGACAAGAUUGACGACUACAACGUGCACAUCUGGCUGAGUGACGAGGCGGCCGCAGGCUGCCGGGCGGCCACAGUCUUCAUGCAGUACGGCAUAGUGGCCAACUACUGCUGGCUGCUGGUGGAGGGCAUCUACCUGCACAACCUCCUGGUGGUGGCCGUCUUCUCCGAGAGGAGCUACUUUACCCUCUACCUGUGCAUCGGCUGGGGGGCGCCCAUGCUGUUCCUCAUCCCCUGGGUCGUUGUGAAGUUCCUCUACGAAAACAUCCAGUGCUGGACCACGAACAACAACAUGGGCUUCUGGUGGAUCCUUCGCUUCCCCGUGUUCCUGGCCAUCCUGAUCAACUUCUUCAUCUUCAUCCGCAUCAUCCAGAUCCUCGUCUCCAAGCUCCGCGCGCACCAGAUGCGCUACACUGACUACAAGUUCAGGCUGGCCAAGUCCACGCUGACGCUGAUCCCACUGCUGGGCAUCCACGAGGUGGUCUUCGCCUUCAUCACAGACGAGCAUGCCCAGGGUACCCUGCGCUACGUCAAGCUCUUCUUUGACCUCUUCCUGAGCUCCUUCCAGGGGAUGCUGGUGGCCAUUCUCUACUGCUUCGUCAACAAGGAGGUGCAGGCAGAGCUACUGAAGAGGUGGCAGCGCUGGAAGCUGGGGAAGGACCUGGCAGAGGAGUACAAGCACACCUACAGCCACGCGCCCAGUGCCCGCAACGGUGCCGGCAGUGCCUGUGAGAAGCAUCAGCUGGUAAGCGGCUGCGCCAAUGGGCUGGGGCGCAGCCCCGCCGUGCGCCCCGGCACCCACUACCUCGAGAGGACCGGCCGCAGCACCGCCGAGCACCUCGCCCUGGGGGACCGGCACCACUGCUACGAGUUCCCUGAGUCCACGGCUGAGAGCCACUUCUGA